UGGGUUUUCGUAAAAAUGAAUGUGGAAAGGGGGAGAAAACUUUGUCGGUUUGAAACUGCCGCGCAGAUGCAGUCGAAACUUCCAACGAAUCGGUCGUGCGAGCAGCUUGAAACGUUUUCCGUUGAUCGGAUCUGAUGUUACUGAUAGUGUGCGUUUAUGUUGUAUUUGUAUCCCUGAUUAUCAUUACCAAUUGAUUAAAACGGUGUACGAAUCAUAAUGUCGCGCCAUAACUACACAAAUCCCGCGUUUUGUCAACAAAGUGAAUUUCAGCAUUCAGCAAGACUUAACCAGAAUGUAUCAAAAAGUGCUUACAAUUCCCCGGCUAAGAUAACGAGAAGUGAAUUGACGAGAUCUUACAAUCGUAUCAAUUCUACGAUUGUGCGACAGAACAGUUUCGCGUGCCAUGGACCGGACAGAUCAAAUAGCAGUGUCGUGUUCCCAAAACCAGGACCUAAACCAGGAGGAGCUAGAUUGAUUGAUCAAUAUGCUUCAAAUACAUCGAUUGUGGGCGCACGUUACGGAUCCGUUGCAUCAGCGUUGGAUACAUCAUUCAGUAGCAAACAAUCAAGUGGCCGUUACGCAUUGGUUCCGGUUGAAGAAAUUCCUACCACAGACAAAGGAAGAUACGCCAUUCUGCCCGUGGAACAUCCUGUUGUAAAACAAACUCCUACCAGAAUAGUAAAAAGUCAGGACAAUUUAGACCGUUACUCAAGUACGUGCGACUUAAACGAUGAACCUGCCAAUUUGUCUGAUCAAUUUUGCAGUCUGCCGCCACUUUCUUCACCUCCCGCAGCAAUCACUCAGAACAGACUGAAAAAUGCGUUUUCUUCUGACUUUGGCAGUAAAUCAUUUAUAUUGUACGACCAAAAAAGUAAUCAGCGAUAUGAAGUGGUACCAACGGAAGACGACGAAGAGUUGGUAGACCCAAACCACGAAAUUAUCCAAAUGCACAACGGAAAAGCACAUCGUUACGCGGUAAUUCCCUCGGAAGAUGACGAAACCUGCCUUAAUGACGAAACAGAAGAAACCAUUAGAAAACCGCCUCCGCCUCCUCCGAAAAAAGAUUUCUCCCGUGAGAACUUACGGGAUUCACAGCGCAACCUCACACCGCACAAAAUUCAAACCCCUGCAUCCACUCCAAAGAGGAAUCAUCAACACAAUGCUGCCACCCAGAUGCUGCAUGAAAUUCUUAGCACCCCAAAAGGGCAAGAGUUGACACCGAAAAAUUCUCCCCAACCAAGAAUUGUAUGCAGCACCCCUAAAAGAAGUGAAUUUAAGCCACAAAAAUUGCAGUACGAUCAUCAUUAUCAGGUCGCCCAGCAGCAGCAGCAGGCAUUUUUUGCCGGACAACCGGCACGCGCUCACCAGCCAACCCAACAGCAGCAGCAGCAGCAACAACAACAACAACAGCGGCAAACUCAACAUCAACUAGAGGCAGCUGCACGAACGACAGCUGUUAUUAUGCCACGGCUCAAUGUCGGGAAUGGCAUCUACGGGGAGACAACAACUUCAGACCAACACACAAACAAGUCCUGGCAGAAUGCGAGUUUCCACAAGGUAGCACAUGCUACUGCAACAAUCGGAGCCGUCUCGCUCAUGCUGAUCCUGUGCGGUUUUAUGAACUCGGGCUUAAGUUUGUACUUCACCUCGAAGGUCGGCCGCGAGUACUAUUUGGAUGCUACCAUCUUCGCCGGGUUUGCGGCAAUUGCGCUCGGUAUUUUGGGGUUCAAGUCACGCCGCUGCGACUGGUUGCCGAAUCGGAACUACAUAUCAGGUUAUAUCCUAGUCACCGUUUUCUCGUUGCUAAACUGCUGUGCUCAACUUAUACUGAUGACACUUCAUCCGUUUCCGGGUACGCCGCUGCACGAUGUGACGACCGGAAUCAUUCUGGGGCUUUCAUCGUUGACGCUGUUGCUGAUCAGUUUGGGAAUCGUAACAUCCCGCUGGUGUCGCUCGCCGCCACCGGACAAUCGUGUUGAUGUUUGUUGAUCAAU